GCGGCGGCCCCUGCAGUACGGGGGGAGAUGGUGCAGUCCUGUUGCUAGACUGCACUGAAGUCCCCCUCUGUCCGGUCCGCAUCCUGCUGCUGAGUGCCGUCCUGACACCCGUGCUGCUGCCAGCUGCUGUGCGGCGCUGGCAGCAUGAAAAGCCCACUCCCCCCUUCCCUCACCUGUGUCAGUGGCUCGGUACAUAUAAAAGGAGGGGGCGGAGCUACACGGACCGGAAUGGGCGGGGCUAAACGGGACAGAAGGGGCGGAGCUACACGGACCAGACUGCUGCAGUGCUGUACUGAGGGAGACAGUGGCUUAGGCAUCUUCCGGACGAUCGGAUCUCCUACAUGAAUAGUGAAUACCGACUGAAGACGCCAUCUGCCUCAGAGGAUACAGUUCUUCAGAGGUUCCAUACUGUGAGAAACCAUCACACAGAUGAGGAAUGGCACUUAAUAAAUCUAUGCAUCCAAGAAACCGCUAUAAGGAUAAGCCCCCAGACUUUGCCUAUUUGGCCUCCAAGUACCCGGAGUUUAAACAGCAUGUAAAUAUGAAUCUGUCCGGAAGAGUGAGUUUGAAUUUCAAAGACCCUGAAGCAGUCCGUGCCUUGACUUGUACCCUCCUGAAGGAAGACUUUGGGUUAAGCAUUGACAUCCCCCUGGAGAGACUCAUUCCCACUGUGCCCCUCCGGCUGAACUAUAUUCACUGGGUAGAAGAUCUGAUCAGUUACCAUGAUACUGACAAAGCUACAGUCCAACGCGGGAUCGACAUAGGUACGGGGGCAUCCUGCAUCUAUCCAUUGCUGGGCGCCACACUGAACGGCUGGUAUUUCCUUGCAACAGAAGUGGACGACAUCUGCUUUAAUUAUGCCAAGAAAAAUGUGGAGCAGAAUAACCUGGCAGAUCUCAUUAAAGUUGUUAAAGUUCCCCAGAAAACACUGUUAAUGGAUGCGCUGAAAGAAGAGUCUGGCAUCAUUUAUGAUUUUUGCAUGUGCAAUCCUCCUUUUUUUGCCAACGAGAUGGAAGCACAGGGAGUCAACUCGCGAAACCCUCGCCGGCCACCCCCCAGCUCGGUGAACACAGGUGGAAUUACCGAGAUCAUGGCUGAAGGUGGAGAGUUGGAGUUUGUGAAGAGAAUCAUCCAUGACAGUCUUCAGCUGAAGAAGAGGUUGAGAUGGUACAGUUGCAUGCUGGGUAAGAAGUGCACUUUGGCUCCAUUGAAAGAAGAGCUGCGAGUACAAGGGGUUCCAAAAGUUGCCCAUACUGAAUUUUACCAGGGGCGAACGAUGCGCUGGGCUCUGGCUUGGAGUUUCUAUGAUGAUGUGACUGUCCCGAACCCACCUUCCAAAAAAAGGAAACUGGAAAAGCCACGUAAGCCCAUGAUGUUUACCGUACUGGGUUCUACUGUGAAGAUGCUGCAAGAAAAAUCUGUUAGCGGCUCAGGGGACUCGCACAUUGCAGUGAUCACCGAUUGCAUUAAAAAGUUACUUACAGACCUGAAGGUACAGCAUAAACCUGUACCCUGUGGGAAGGAAGAAGAAAGUUUAUUCCUGACAGUGAUUGAAAACUCCUGGGUCCAUAGCCGCAGGAAGAAAAGGAAUCGAAUGAGACAGCUUAGAGAGCUGCCUCGUGCUCCUGAUGAGGAUUUCCUGCUAACAAAGAAGGAAGAAAUAACCGCACCUAAGGAAGACUUGCAGCAACCACCAGAAAGACCAGUAUCCUCUCCUGAGAAAGGGCUGCCUGCUCCAGAAAGCAUUGCUGCCACUCCUUUACCUUCUAACCCAGAUCUAACCCCACAUCCAGAAGAUACCCAUCCAGAGUCUAUGGAGCAAGAGAGCACAACAAUGCUUGAACAAGCGAAGGACUCCACCCUUUGUCAGAUCACUGACGCUGAUGAACACAACUCUACUGAAGAGUCGAACCAGCCCACAAGCAAAGAGUCUCCACCAGCUCACCACGGUGACUCUCAUUUUCUUUUUAAAUGUUUGGUAAAUGUGAAGAAGGAAGCCACCAAUGUACUUGUUGAGUUGCACUGGGUUGAAGGCCAGAACAGAGACCUCAUGAACCAGCUGUGUACCUACUUGCGGAAUCAGAUAUGUAGACUUGCCACCAGCUAACAAGCUUAUGGGCAACCCAUAGCACAUAAAUACGACUUCCUCAGUAUAUAUUGAAUUUUUUUUAUACGUAAAACUGUAAAAUUGCAUUUCAGUCUCUAUUCAGCCAGUCCAGUGUAAUUUUUAACUGAAAUACCCAGUGUGAUUUAACAAAAAAAAGUAUUUGUGAGAUUAGUAAGUUUGAUAAAUGUUUCCAUUGUUGUUUUUUUCGCUCAUAUAUUAGUUUUGGUUUUUUUCUAUACCUAAUGUUGCUUUAGCUACAGAACCUUUCUAUCACAUUCAUUUGCACUGUACAUUUUAAAUUAAAUAAAAAACUUACCCAAACACAUGAAAACAUUUAUUAAAAUGGGUGCGGUAUACAAGAUCUACAUGCAUUAGGUCAACAUACAAAAGGACGACACGGAAAAAAGGUCGUCAUGAAGGGACAACAUGACCAUGGUUGACACCUUUUUGGCUUUUUUUGGGGGAUUAGUGCGGAUAGUUUUUUCCAUCUGUAUCUACCAUUUGUUGAACCUAGUCCCCUCGCGGGCUCGCUUCAGUUUCCAUGCUCAAGGCACAGUGUCUCUCGUUCUUCUCCGCUUCUUUCACCACAAGGUUACUAAAGGUUGUGAUUUGUGACAUAGAUAGUCAAGGAUAGAAAAAGUCCAAAACCAUGAAAAAGAAAACCCAAAACUUGUGUCAACCAUAUGCGCGUUCACCAUUAUCAUGUCAUCCAUAUGAACCUGUCAACCUUUCCUAUUGUUGACCUUUCGUAUGUCAACCUUUGUCCAUGUAGACCUUUUGUCGGUCAACCUAAUGACUGUCCACCUAAUGAAUGUCGACCCAUAGUCCGGAUCCCAAUUAAAGUAGAACACAUGUAGCAAAGAUACUGAUAUAAAUAGAAUGAACUACAGUAUUUAUAAUCAGUCAAGUGGACAACCUAGAACUCCUUAUCAGAUGUAGUGAGAUAGUCACAUUUUUAGGUACACCAAUCUUGUCCUUUCUAGAGUCCUUCAUUCAUUAGAGAGGUAAGAAUUGUAAAGUAAGGUUCACAAUUGUCCGUAUUAUAUGGCACACUUGAUUAAACCAGCAAAAAUAA